AUGCGUGACGCGCCCAGUGCCUGGAGCUGCCUCUCCGGAGAGUUCCCAGAUGGGAAACGGCCGGGUCCUGCGCCGACCCUCCACCUUCUGCGACAGGAGGUGCAGGGCUGGGCACGUCCCCUCCCUCAGCCCUUCGGCACCUUCCCUGGCCCCGGCCGCAGCCCACCGGUGGUGCGGUAUGGGGGCUCGGCACAGCUGAACUGCUCCCUGGCCUGCACGGGGGGUACGGUGCAGUGGAAGGGGCUGGACACCAACCUGGGGAGCAUCACCUCCUUCCCCACCCACAGCAUCCUGCAUGUCAGCAGCGCCGUGGUCGCCACAGGGGGCACCAAGAUCUGCCAGGGGACCUGCCACGGGCAGCGCUACCAGCACGCUGUCAACCUGAAGGUCUACGCCUUCCCGGAGACGCUGCAGCUGGAGGUGGACCCCCCCACCCUGGAGCCGGAGCAGCCCGCCAGCCUGCGCUGCUUGGCCCAGCAGGUGUACCCGCUCACGGGGCUGGUGCUCACCUGGUACCGGGGGGACCAAGCGCUGAAGGAGGCAGACUUCGAUGUCAUGGAGACCGACGAGGAGCUGUUUGACAUCAUGUCCACGCUGCUGGUGGCCGGGAAGGAGGUGGGAGAAGGGGUGGAAUUCAGGUGCCAGGUGACGCUGGACAUAGGGCAGGAGACCUUCACCCGGGUGGCAUCUGUGAUCGUGAGCACUGGGGCUGUGACGGAGCAGCCUGUGGCCAUGGCCACCUCCACAGGGAGCCCCCGGACAGCGGCGGCUACGACGGGGAGCCCCAGCACAGCCAGGCCCGUGCCCACUACGGCACUGCCCCCAGAGCCGAGUGUCCCCACGUAUGAUCCCACCACAAGGGGGACGGGGCGGUCGGUGGGGACAGUGCCCGCCUGCAGCCUGCAGAUCUGGUCGCUGCCUCCCAACGGGACGCGGGGCAGGGCCCUGCGCAUCGAGUGCCGCGCGCAGUGCGCUGGGAACGCCACGGUCCGCUGGCUGCAGACCCCGGUGGCCCUCUCGCAGUACCGGGAGGAGGCGGUGGGCAGCAGCUCCACGCUGUGGCUGGACCGUGCCGAGCCCCGGCACCAGGGCCACUACCAGUGUGUCCUACUCGGCCACCGCUCCCAGGUGGUCAGUCUGCAGCUGACAGUCUUGGAUGAGUCGUUCAGCACAUCCCCUGUCCCCGCCAUCGCUGUGGGGACAACGGUCUCGCUGUUGGCACUGAUCGUGACUGGCGUCAUGUCUCAUCGCCUGUGGAAACGAUUCAGAUCUCACCACUACCUGGAGGCGGGUUCGAAGCUGGGGCCAGACGGCCUGGCCCUGGCCAUGGACCGGGCGCUGCAGGAGAGGAAGCUCAGCACCUCCAUGAGCCGGGAGGAGUUCCUGAAAAAAGCCACCGCCUUGUUCGUGGCAAAAGUGAAGCCCGUUGAGUAA